GAUGACCUAGGCUCGAUAUAGCGUGACCCAGCAGGGAGCCAGCUAGCCACAGAAUCAAGUUGGCUGUCAAAACCUGAGCACACUGUACUAUGCAUCACCUUUCCAGGCAAGGCCGGUGUCACUGCUGUUACUGUUAGAGAAAGAUGGCUUUGCAAGACCAAGAAAUUGUUCUUGAAAUUAAGCAGGAGCCUUCGUGGCAAAGCGAGUACGGUUCCAAUCAAGAAGGGUAUGAGAUGGGUUUCAAGGAAGGAGAGGAAAGGUCCUCCAGGUCACCUGAUUCCCAAGGCACAGAAAACAUCGAGAUGGAAGAGCUCGACAAUGAAUCAGCGACCGUGGAAGAUCUCGGAGAAGAGUGGUGUGAGGACGAGACUGGUAACCUCUGUGAUCCCCUGUGUCACAUGAGCUCCGAUGUCCUGGGGUCACCUGAGUCGUCGGAUGGAGGAGAUGCAGGGAGUUAUAGCUCAAAGAGAACUUUAGGUUAUGAGGGCGAGGUAUCCGCAUCCCAGGUUGUUGAGAGGCAGGAUCCCGGUGUUACCCCAGGAACCUCAGGCAAGGAUGUUGAUAGCAGUGGCACCGAAGAGAACUCUAGCAGAGAAGGGUCGAGCGGGCAGAGCGGGAUGACUUCAGAACCGAAAGAUCCUCCAAUGAAACUCUAUACGAUGGAGUUAUGUAAAGUAUGCAAGAAGACGUUGUACAUUGCCGAUGAAGGUGACGAUGAAGGCAACCUGAGGACCCCGUUGUGCGAUUCUUGCAGGAUACAGGACAGUACAGGGGAUGGUGAUGAAGCUUUUAAUUGCGACGUUUGCUCGCAACGUUUUGCCCACUUUCGGGAACUUGCAACGCACAUGCGGUCACACAGGACUGGUAAGUCGCACCAGUGUGAUGAAUGCUUGAAAUGUUUCUCUGAUCGCUCUGGUUUGCUUCGUCACCAGAAGAUCCAUUCAGGUCUUAAACCCCACCAAUGCGAAAUCUGCUCCAGGUGUUUCACCCUGGGAAAUGCCCUCAAGGUUCACAUGCGAACCCACAACAAAGACAAACCAUUUAACUGUGAACACUGCGAUAAAACCUUCGGACAGAGCGGACAUUUGCUGUCGCACAUGAAGGUCCAUAGUUCUGUUACGCCUUUUGGCUGCAAGCAUUGCUCUGCGUCGUUCCCGAAGCUGCACCUCCUCAAAGCGCAUCUUCGCAACCAUGGCGACGAGAGGCCGUUCAAGUGCGAUAUCUGCACCAAGGCCUUCACAAGGAAAUCCCACCUCAAGACGCACCUCAAGACGCACGGCACAGAGCGACCACACGAAUGCGAGAUCUGCUCCAAGACCUUUGCCGAUCAGCGCUACCUCAAUAAGCACCUGAAAGUCCACAGUGGGAUCAAGCCGUAUCAGUGUGAGUACUGCGACCACAGGUUCUCACAGCAGUGCUAUCUGCAAACCCACCUCAUGAUCCACACAGGCACCAAGCCUUACGUCUGCCAUCUCUGUCCCAAGAGCUUCCGGCUCCAGGAGCACCUCAAGACCCACCUCCGUGUCCACAGCGGGAGCAAGCCGUUCGAGUGCGGGGUAUGCUCCAAGCGCUUCACCCGCAAGGACUCCCUUGGGAUACACAUGCGUAUCCACACGGGGGACUACCGCUACAAAUGCGAGGUCUGUUCCAAGGGAUUCACCGAUCCGAGCAGCUUCAGGGCUCACGUCCGGUCUCACUCGGGCAUACGCCCCUACUCCUGUGAGAUUUGCGGCAAGAGCUACACCCAGAACAGCUCCUUGAAGGUCCACAUGCUGAGCCAUACGCAGCUGCAUAAUUUCAUGAAAAUGUCUGCCGGAGAGACUUCUGCAAGUCGGCUUCCUGCCACCUUCUCCAAUAGUACAGGAGAUACCCUGACAAACAGUGCAGAGGAUAUUAAUUGUGUUCCAUUAGAUUUGAGUAUAAAGCGGACAAACCCACAAGAGACAUCAGAGAAUGAGCAAGAGGUGGGGGAAGAGCCAUUAGUUGAAGAGCCGAGGAUGGGGGAAGAGCCAAGGGAGGAAGAGCCAUUAGUUGAAGAGCUGAGUAUGGGGGAAGAGCCAAAGGGGGAAGAGUCAAUGCAGGGAGGUCUAUUGAUGAGGGAAGAGCCAUCAGAAGGAGAGCUAGAAGGGGAGGAAGAGGGAUUUGAGGAACAGCCAGGGGAGUAUGAUUCAUUAGAUGAAGAGUUGUGGGUGGGGGGAAAGCCAAUAAAGGAAGAGCCAUUAGACGAGGAGCAAGAGAGGGAGGAAAAUAUAGGGCUGUGGGAAGGGGCAUUAGUGGAAGGGCCAGAAGGGGAGGAAGAGUCAUUAGAGGAAGAGCCAUUAGUUGAAGAGCCAGAAGGGGAGAAAGAGCCAUUAGAAGAAGAAGAGCCAGAGGGGGAGGAAGAGCCAGAAGGGGAAGAGCCAGAGGGGGAGGAAUCACCGGAGGACUCGGCAGCAUGGAUUCCUGUUUAGAACCAGCCUUAAACAGAAACUUAAGAGGGUGGUUGAAAAUAUACAUGGAAAGAGUAACAUUCAAGCUAGGUAAUAACUUCCUUACAAUUGUACAACUCACAUAUAAGGGUAUCCAUGUUGUUUCAUAUAUUUUAUCUGUCAUUAUCAAGCAAAAGUUUUACCUCGUAACAUGAAAUUUGCAAGGGUUUUCCCAAUAUACAAAAACGAUGAUGCAUCAUUAUUAAAGAACUACCGACCAAUUUCUUUCAGAUUUCUACUAAACAGACAGCAUCCUAGGCCCCCUUUUAUUUUUGAUAUACAUCAAUGAUAUUUGUAAGGCCUCUGAACUUAAAAGGGAAGUCCUUCCUGAUAUUAAGUUAUAAAAAACAAGAAAACUUUUAUUUGCUGAAAUUAGACGAGUAUUAUCAUUCAAACUGCUUGCCCGAAACAUAGUAUGACUUGACCUUGCCACUUGAGAAGUUGUUUAGUAGAAAUCUGAAAGAUCAAAUGAAAGAAUACUCUUCACAGUAUUUGUUAUUGAAUUGAAAGAUAAUGUUUUUUUAGUGAUGAUUUAGAAAAAAAUGUAUUUAAAUGUGUGAUAGUACAAGUCAAAGUAGAGACAUGCUUAAUCAUGCUUUGUAACUUAUUGUGUCAUUUUCAUAUUAAAAUGUAGUGGAUUAUCACAACUCUUAUAUUAGGCCUUAUCCACAAUGCCCUUGAUAAUGACAAUAAUGUUGAUUUAUAGUGUGGAUUUGCCAUUGCCUGUGUAUGUUGAUAAAACAGUUACUAUCAAUUGAUUCAUCUCAAACUCUUCUAAAGAUAAUUUUUUUAAUUUCAUUUUUAGAAGUAAUAAUUAAUUCACUAGACAUCUCAAUUUAUUCAAUUGCAAUUACAAUACUAUCUUUCCUUAAUUUUGAUAGUUAUCAUAGGUUUAGAAACAAAUUGUUAUCAAGUAGUAACACUGAGGUGAAUAUGGACAAAAUUUGAAGUUUCAGAAUGAUACAGGCUCUUUUUUUUUAACUUUCAUUCAUGAUAAACUGAAAGAUGCAAAGGAAAAAUCAUGUUAAUAAAUCCCAAAAAAAUUCCCAAUUUGCUUUGUUUAAUGUUACUACCUGUGACAAAUUUGGUAAUUUGGUAAUUGGUAUAUAGGUCUUGAUAUAAGUGGCAUUGAGAAGCUCAAAUUGGUUCUGUUUAUGAUCAUGCAAUUUCAAAUUUGUCACAGCUCAUAUGUUUUAUAUAUUUGUAUGGUAUUUGUAGUUCUUACUAUUUUAAUUAUUUAUUGAUAGGUUUGUAUACAAACUCUUGAUCACCGUUGUAUUAUGUACAUCGUGUAUUGAACAUUUUUUGCUUGCCAUGCUCGAUUAUUUAGGAAUCUAAGAUAUUUUCUUAGAUUUCCAGUUUUAAACUAUAUUCUUUAUAUUAUUUUGUGCUUUAUUUUCUUCCUCUUUUACAUAUAACUCUGUCUCUUUUUGUUUUGCAUUUCUCUGCUUUAUUCCCUCCUCUUAACACAAACCUUGUCUAUCCGUUUAUCUUUAUUUCAGAUAUUGAUUAGGAAAUCAAGAAUUUAACUUUUUUUGGUAGGAAUCAUGUCUCGUAAAGUAUCAUUUAAGUGGCCCAAAUACAUGUGGAGCUUAAUACUUUAUUGUGGGGCACGUUGUAACUAUAAGUAGAAGGUGCUAUAGGAAAUACAUUUUAAACGUAUUUUUAAAAAUAAUCAUGUAGAUUAAACAAUAGUGAAGUAAAACGGAUAAUGUAGUUAAACCACAUAAAGAUGAGUAGAUGCACUGGUUUAGUGGUAGAGCAGUGGUCUUAUAAUCGGGAGGUCCUGGGUUCAAAAUGAAGUUGAUGUGCUAGUGCCCUUUGGUGAGGCAUUAAUCCUCAUUACCAAGUCCCUCAGAGAGGACUUAAAAGUGUUGGUCCCCUGGUUGCUUACUUACAAGAUCACAAGACUUUUUUUUUAAAUCCACGUGUCGCAAUUUUAAAAGCAGUGUGUGUCACCUAUUGAAGCAUUUGCUCAAUACAAUGAUACUAUUUAGACUGCACAUGGUCUCCAUAGGCAAAACAACAAGGUACUGUAAUUAAAUUCAUUUUAGUUGAUUUGUUGAGAGUCUGCGGUGGUAUUUAAUAUAUUUUAUUGCACCAAUUACCAAGGUAAUUAACUUCCAUUUAGUUUAUUUCUUAAAAGUCUGCCGUGGUGUUUAAUGUAUUAUAUUGCACCCAUUACCAAAGUGUGCUGAAUCCAACCUUUGAAUGUUUGGAUUGUCAUUACAAUUUUGUUUUAAAGUUGAACUUGUGGUAAA